GGCCCGAGCGCUUGGAACAGUGACGAGAGUAUCCACACACACACGACGCGCACAAACAAACACGAAUGUUGCCCAGAAUUUUCGUAUGGGCAAAUUCGCUCCAUCGAAGCUGAUAAGAGGCCGCCAUUACAGAUAGAAGGUAUACAGAUCUCCCUAUACUAUAAGUCGAACCAUAAGGAGCUGCUCCAAUUAUAAGACAAGCUUCCACCCAUUUCCAUAUUAUCUGUCCUGAAUAACGUCCCGCUAGAUGCUCCGCAGUGUGGACAACGGAAAGAUUUUCAUAUUUGAUAACAUAGAAAUAUAUUAAUACCGUCUUGGGUUCCACAGUGCCGACCAAAUCUAUACAGAGAGUCAUACAACGGCAUACCCAAUUCGCAAAGACUUGGAAUUUUGUAGUCCACUCCUGUUUUUUGUAUUAUUCUUAUCGAAAUUAGGCUCACUUAAAUUCUGUGUUAAUUGUACGUUUUCAUUAUAUUUGUUGAGCUUCUGUGCUCUUUCAGCAGCGUAUGUUUGCGAUCGUUCGACGAUUGUUCGGUUUAGCACGGUUUAUUGUGGGGGAUGGGACAGUGGAAGACUUCAGCUAGGUUAACGAGGAGAUUCAAGAAGGAAACAAAUUGAAGACACGCGGCGGGUAGACGUGCAAAAAGUGAGUGCUUCCUCCAGACUAAUUCAAGGGCAGGCGGGCCGAAUAGCGAAGGCGAAUGAAAAAAAGAAAGACGCGAGAGAAGGGACUGAGAUAAUAGGCUGCUGUACGUACAUAAGUACAUAUGUACAUAUGUAGAUUGCACUGUGGUACUGUGGGCAGUGCAAACAACAAACAAUAAUAGGGAUUUGCUUUACGGUUGCACCUCUGCCUAUAAUAUAUGGAUUAUUGGCUACGAAUCUCACAUCACGCCAGAUUGUUAAUGCUCUUGAAGUUACAUAUAAAACUUAUUAAACCUGCCAAUUUGUUGGGCAUCCUCUUCUUGACCCCCAUUCUCCCUAUAUCCAAGCCUUUGGUCUUAACAACUAUGGGCCGACUCUCCCGAGCUCCAGCAACACUUGUGCGGCGGGGGUUGGGACCGGAGCAUUCACAGGGUGCCUAAAGCGGCGAUUAGACGCUUGAAUGGCUGCACAGGGCCAACACCCUGUCAACACGCCGAAAUUGGCUAACGGCCAACGGCCAACGCACAUGUUCGAUUAUGGCCAAAGAGCGACCAAGCAGAACCAGCGCCAGCAAGCACCAGCAAGCACCAGCACCAGUCCAGUCCACGCGUGUACGCGCGUCCACAUGGUGUGCUGGUCUGGUACUCGUACUAGGCCUGACACUGGGUUGUGCUUGACUGAGUGCGCAGGGGUAAUGAGAGCCGCCAGCAGGCGCAGGCGCAGCACACACGAGCGGGGAGCUACUGGCCAAGUGUGCUCCUGGCACCGCUCAACGUUUGUCCGCAUUCCGUGGCCAGUCGCAGCGCGAGACGGAACUCGGCUCGGAGAACCCAGAACACAGAACACACACAGUCCCAGUCCCAGUGCCAGUUCCAGUCCCAGUCCCAGUGCCAGCCCCCGUUGACAGUGCCAUCCAGUCCAAGCCCGGCUCCUGGCGACUAGUGCUCGUCCUGUGAAUCCUUUUGUUUAUUGUCUUUUUUUUUUUCGUUUUUGACUGCUGGUCACGUUUUUUUUUCCUGUGCCUCCGUGUGUGUUUUGGGCGUCGCGUGAACUGCACGAGAGCCAGGCCGAUUGUUGGGCGAUUGUUGAGAGCCAUGAUUGUCAAUAUGCCCGUCAAUGGCACGGGCAGUGUGAGUGCUCCCGGUGUCCAUCUCAGUCCCGCUUCGCACAACAACAACAACAACAACAGCAACACCACCAACAAUAACACCACUAGUGACGGGAACAACUCGAACAGCGGAACCCUGGUAGGAGACUGCGAAUACAACUUUUUGAAGCGCAAGUACGAGUCGCAGGUGGAUGGACAGGACCUAGCCCUGGGCCCGGACUACGACCAACUCGAGGCGAACCCCUGGAAGAAACGUCACCUUGAGUACGAUGCCGGCGACCUGCACUUUCACCUCCAGCUGGAAUCGCCAGUAGCCAGCAGCACGGCCAGUGGCGGCUCCGCUCCUGCUGCCGUUGCGACUAUACCCGCCGCUGGGCCCCCUGAGUCCUCGGCCGCUUUCAUCAACGAUCUGUUCGCCUACGACAGCAGUCUCCUGGUGCCGUCCGCCGCAUUCUGCGGCCCUCCCAGCGCGCUGCCCACGCCCACAUUGAGCGCCCCCCUAGAGGAUGGACCCGGCGGCGGCUGGCAGACGGGCGAGCUGCUCGAGCUCGAUCAUCGCUACAACUCCGGUCUGCAGGCGGAGAUUGGCCAGCUGAGCGCUACGCUGCCGCCCCCUGUGUCGCAGUGCAGCAAUAGCUCCCAGCCCCAGUCCCAGCCUCAGCAGCAGUCCCAGCAUCAACAGCAGCAACAGCAGCAGCAGCACCAGUCGUCGGCGCAGGUGGCGCAAAAUCAGAGCUUCAUGGUCCCUCUGAAGCAGGCGGGAUGUCGGACUAUGCCCACCGGCAGGCGCACUUCGUCGGGCUCCACAGGCACGCCCACGACUACGACGACUAGCGAUGGCUCGGAGGCGGACUUUGAGGACAAGAACCUGUCGUGGCUGCUCAACUUUAAAUUCGACGAGUUCCCCCAUCUUUCGCCCCAUGGCCAAGGGCAGGGCCACGGCCAGCCGGUGGGUCAAGCCGAAGCCGGCACGCCCACAACCGCUGUCAGCACAUCGCCCUGCAGCUCUACCUCGUCCCCGUCCGCGUCCGCAUCCACAUGCACCACGAACUCGAAUCACUCUCUCAACUCCAGCCAGAGCCAUGGCGCCCUGAUGGACCAGCGGGCCCGGUCCCCCAAGAGCUGCACCAGCGCCUCGAUCAGUGCAUCAACAGUCGGAGGAGGAGCAGGAGGAAGUGGAGGAGGUGCCGGCGGCAGUACUGUAUCAGGAAACAUUAGCAGCUCCACCAAGACCGGUCGCAAGUUCGAGGAGCUGGUGAUGGAAGUCACCUCGGAGCUGGAUGGCAACGAUAUGAUAGUGGCCGAGCAUGUUGUGGUCGAGGAUACAACCUCCAAGGCCAGGCCAAAGAAACCACCGUUCACCUACACGGAACUCAUCGAAUACGCCCUCGAGGACAAGGGUGAACUGACUGUGUCGGGCAUAUACCAAUGGAUAUCCGAUCGCUUUCCGUAUUACAAAUCGAACGAUGACCGCUGGAAGAACUCGGUGCGACACAAUCUAUCCAUCAAUCCGCACUUCCGCAAGGGAGUAAAGGCGCCCCAGGGCGCUGGCCACUUGUGGGCCAUCUCCAGCGGAGAUUCGGCCGAGAACGUCUUGGCUUGGGAGCACAAAAAGCAACGACUGGAUUUGUUCUUCAAAAUGGAGUCCAUCAACCGGGAACGCAUCCAACAGCAUCAGCAGCAACUCCAGCAACAGCAGCAGCAACAACAACAACAACAGCAACAGCAACAGCAGCACCAGCAACAGAACUGCCACUCGCCGCAACAGGGACAGGGGCAGGGACUACAUCAAACGAGCAAUGGCUGUCUGUACGAUGAGGCCGCUGUGGCAGCUGCCACACUCACGCAGGAGAUGCUGCAACACUCCUCAAGUACGGCGAAUGAGUCAACGGCAGGACCGUCGCACCACCACUCCAAUCAUCAUCACCAUCAUCACCAGAGACUGCUGCCCUUCAACGAUCUGCUGAGCGACGACGAGCUGCGCAAGACGGCCGGCCAGAUUCUAAACGGCAUCCAUCGCGAGGUGGAGGUGCAGUCGGUGAACUCCAUUAUCAGCACCUAUCACGACGUGCUGCUGGACAAUGAAGACUAUCUCAAUCCCAUACACAAGGACGUCGUUGUCACGGAGAGCGGUCUGAGGCAGCAGCAGCAUGGCGUGGGCAGCGGGAUACACAUGAACAGCGGCAAUAUCAACAGCCUGACCCACUCGCACUCGCAGUACUAUAUCACCGAGAUCGAUCCCAUGGAGCUGGGCAUUCAGAUGUCGCACCAGGUGGAACCCUCCGAGGAGGAGGUGCUCUUCAGCGAUGAGUUCAAUCUCAACUACUUUGGCUACAAUCCCGGUAGCGAUAUUGUCGCUUGACCGCGUAGACAACAGUCGGAAUCGGGUUCGGCUUUGGGUUCGGGUUCGGCUCCAGUACCCGUUUCCAUUCCCACUCCCGUCUCCGUUCCCGUCGCUUCAGCUCCGGCUCCAGCUCAGCCAAGCAAUUGAGAUGGGCCCCCAACCCAGUGCUCGCUCCAUGCCAGACAACAAUCGUAACUGUAGCAGAUCCUACUCAUAAGCCAAGUCUCAACGAAUACUAGUCACACAUUCAGCACACAAAAACACUCACCAGUAACCACCUAAGGACUUCCCAUCAUAAGCUCCCCCUCCCAUUUGUAUAGUCUAGUCUUGAGUGUACCAAUGCAAAUACCUAUCAUGUAAUUUGUGCCCAUUUUUUGUCUAUAUUUUAGUUGAAUACGUAGGAGCUAAGUAGCUUACUAGCGUUAAGGAUAUAUUGUGUGUACGAGUAUAUCCCCCGAUAGCUCCUCCCCGAAUUUAGUUAAGUGUUUCUACAAUUAGUCGAAUAAACCAUACCAACCUAACUAAUCUAGGCCUAGAGCAUAUCGAGUAAACCUAA